CGGCGACUGGUUCCCUAGCGACACACUCCUCAGCAAUUUGACCCUCAGCGGUUGCCUCCUCAGCAGCCGGUGCCUCAGCAAUUAUAGGCUCUUCAGCGAUUGAAUCUUUAACGACUGGAUCUUCAACUGUUGACACCUCAGUGACAGGCUCCUCGGCGACCGGCGAUUCCGCAAGUGACCCCUCAGCAACUGGUGCCUCAGCGACUGAAUCCUCAGCAACAGGCUCUUCAACGUCAGUCUCCUUACCGACUGGCGCGUCAGCAGCAGGCUCCUCAGCAGCGGAUUCCUCAAUGACCGGCCCCUCCGCAAUUGAAUCCUCAACAGCUCGAUCCUCCGCAAUUGAAUCCUCAACAGCUCGAUCCUCAGCAACUGGCUCAUCAGCAACUGGCUUCUCAGCGACAGAUUCCUUAGCGACAGAUUCCUUAGCGACAGAUUCCUUAGCGACAGGAGCUUCAACGACUGAAUCCUCAAGGGCUGACACCUCAGCAGCUGGAUCCUCAGUGACCGGUGCCUCAGCAGCCGGUUCCUCAGCGACUAAAUCCUCCGCAACUGGAUCCUCCGCAACUGGAUCCUCAGCAGCGGAUUCCUCAACGACCGGUGUCUCAGCAGCAGAUGCUUCAAGGGCUGGCUCCUCAGCAACAGGCUCCUCAACAACUGGAUCCCUAGUGACCGGUGCCUCAGCGACUGGUUCCUCAGCGACCGGCGCCUCCGUAGCUGGUUCCUUGACGGCCGACACCUCGGCGAUUGGGUCCUUGGAGACUGAAUCCUCAGCAGUAGCAGGCUUCUCACCAACUGGUUCCUCAGCGAUUGGAUCCUUAGUGAUAAGCCCCUCCACAGCUGAUUCCUCAACGACAGGCUCCUCUGCAACUGGAUCUUUAGCCACCAGUACCUCAGCAACAGGCUCAUCAGCAACAGGCUCUUCAGUGACCAGCGCCUCAACAACUGGCUCCUCAGCAACCGGCUCCUCAAUGGCUGGUUCCUCAGCAACCGGCUCCUUAGCAACCGAAUCCUCAGCGACCGAAUCCUCACUGACUGGCAAUUCCGUAGCUGGCCUCUCAGCAAUUGAAUCCUCCGCAGCUGGUUCCUCGACGGCUGAUACCCCGGCGACAAGAUCCUCAGCGGCUGGCGUCUCAGCAACCGAAUUCUCAGCGACUAGAUCCUCAGCAGCAGGUACCUCAACAAUUGGAUCUUCAGCGACCCGUGCCUCAGCGACUGACUCCUCCGCAAGAGGUUCCUCGACGGCUGGCUCCUCCGCAGCUGGCUCUUCAGCAACUGAAUCCUCCAACGACAGGAGCCUCCACAGCUGGCUCCUCAACUGCUGACGCCUGGGCGACUGAAUCCUCAGCAGCAGGUUCCUCAGCGACUGGGUCCUCAAUGACUGGGUCUUGAGCGAUUGGAUCCUCAGCAACAGGCGCCUCAGCAGCUGAAUCCUCCGCGACUUGUACUUCAGCAGCUGGUUCCUGAACGAGGGAUACUUCAGCAACUAGGUCCUCUGCAGCCGGCUCCCCAGCAACUGACUCGUGAGCAACCGAUACCUCAGCGGAUAGCUCAUCAGCAACCAACUCCUUAACGACUAACUCCUCGGCGACUGGUAUUUCAGCAGCUAGUGCCUCAACAGCCGACUCUUCAGUGGCCGGUUCCCCAGUGACUAGUUCGUUGGCAGCCAGAUCACCAGAGAUCGGCUCACCAGCAGCAGGUUCCUCACCGCCUGUCGUCUCAGUGAGU